GACCUUUCGCGCCCGUUAGCUGUCAAAAAGUUUGGUGGGUUUGGUUUUUUUGCCUCCCUGCUCCUCCACCUUUUCUUCCAAGCUAACCGUGGAAACCCACUCAACUGCGCGGCUCACUUCCUAAAUGUCUACACGGAGCCCUCGUGAAAGUUGACGGGGAGUUCAGGGGGGCGUUCCGGGGCUCGGAAAUUCCGACUUCACUGCAACACCGCCGCCUCUUCCUCGACCACCUCCAUCGUCGCCGUGCAGCAUGAUCUCGAUGGUCAAUCGCCUCCAGGACGCCCUGGGCAACGCGGGCCUGAACUACAACCUUUCCCUGCCGCAGAUUGCCGUGGUGGGCGGCCAGAGCUCCGGGAAGAGCUCGGUGCUGGAGAACUUUGUGGGCAGAGACUUCCUUCCCCGCGGUACUGGAAUUGUCACUCGCCGGCCUUUGGUUCUGCAGCUGCAUCACGCUGACGCCGAAUAUGGGGAAUUUUUGCACUGCAGGGGGAAGAAAUUCUCAGACUUUGAUGAGAUCCGCCAAGAAAUCGAGUCAGAAACUCGCAGGCUGACAGGAAACAACAAAGGCAUCUCUCCCCUCCCCAUCAACCUCCGCAUUUUUUCUCCUAACGUGCUCAACCUCACCCUGGUGGACCUACCUGGCAUCACCAAGAUUCCCGUGGGCGACCAGCCGGCAGAUAUCGAGUACCAGGUGCGAGACAUGAUCAUGCAGUACAUCUGCAAAGAGAACUGCCUCAUCCUGGCCGUGACGCCUGCCAACAUGGACCUGGCCAACUCGGAUGCGCUCAAACUGGCCAAAGAUGUCGACCCACAGGGCCAGCGCACGAUAGGUGUGCUCACCAUGCUGGACCUAAUGGAUAAAGGAACAGAUGCUCUGGAAAUACUAGAGAAUAGAUUGCUUCCACUGAGAAGAGGUUAUAUCGGGCUAGUGAACCGCAGUCAAAAGGACAUCGACGGGAAAAGGGAUAUUAAGACAGCCUUGCAAGCGGAGAAAAAGUUUUUCCUGUCCCACCCAGCUUACAGGCACAUGUGCGACAGAAUGGGGACUCCGUACUUACAGAAGACCCUCAACCAGCAAUUGACAAACCACAUCCGGGAGAGUCUGCCUGCGCUCUACAGUCACAUGCAUUGCCUACUUGUGUCCAUCAGUAAAGAAGCAGACGCGUACAAACUCUAUAAUCCAGAUGACCCCAUGUGCAGGACCAAGACCCUCAUCAAGUCAGUGCAGCAACUAUCCGGCGACUUUGAGAAGUUGAUCGAGGGCUCGGCCGACGAAGUCAACACCGUCCACCUGUCGGGAGGCGCGAGGAUCAACCAGAUCUUCCACGAGCACUUCCCCUAUCAACUGCACAAAAUGAAGUGUGACGAAAGGAAGCUGCGAAUGGAGAUCGCCUACGCCAUCAGGAACAUCCACGGCGUCAGGACGGGCCUGUUCACCCCCGACAUGGCUUUUCAGGCUAUUGUCAAGAAGCAGAUCUCCAAACUCAAAAUUCCUUGUUUCGGAUUCGUCGACAUGGUCUGCAAAGAAUUGGUCUCCACCAUUUAUGAAUGCUUUAAUAAGCUCAGUUCUUUUCCCAAGCUGCGGGAAGAGACCGAGCGGCUUGUCACCGCCGAAAUCCGAGAACAAGAAAGCUCAUGCCGAGAUCAGAUCUCUCUGCUCAUCGACAUGCAGCUCGCGUACAUUAAUACCAAACACGAAGAUUUUAUCGGCUUUACCAAUGCUCAACCUCUGUGCCAUCGCAGCGAUAACAAGAUGGCUGGCAGCGGUGGAGUGCAACAGGGUGCGGCUCCUCCUUCGAGUCUAAUAGUAGGAUACCGAUCUACAUAUGUGUGCACAGGAUUCUGGGUCGUAAGAAAAGGAUGGCUCACCAUCAACAACGUCAGCAUCAUCGCCAAGGAGUUCUGGUUCAUUCUCUCCACCGAGAGCUUGUCCUGGUUCAAGGACAGCGAGGAGACGGAGAAGAGGUACAUGCUCCCUCUGGACAACCUCAAGGUCCGAGAUGUCGAGAGAGGCUUCAUGUCCAGCAAAUUCUCCUUCGCCCUCUUCCAUUCUGAGUCAAGGAACGUGUACAAGGACUACAAGUUUCUGGAGCUGGUCUGCAACUCUCAGGAGGAGCUAGACAUCUGGAAGUCCUCUUUGCUCCGGGCUGGCGUCUACCCAGAGGAGGUCACGGUGGACACGCAGGGCAACGGGUUGUCGGAGAACUUCACGGACCCCCAGCUGGAGCGGCAGGUGGAGACCAUCCGUAACUUGGUGGAGUCCUAUAUGAGCAUCAUUCAUAAGACCGUCAAGGACAUGAUGCCCAAAGUCAUCAUGCACCUGAUGAUCAACAGCGUGAAAGAGUUCAUUAGCUCAGAGCUGCUGGCCCAGCUCUAUGCUUUGGGAGACUGCUUGGCGCUGAUGGAUGAGUCACCCGAUCAGCGGCAGCAUCGGGAGCAAGUGCUCAGCAAGCACGCCGCCCUGCAGGCCGCGCUCAACAUCGUCGGCGAGAUCUCCACCUCCGGCUACGUCGCCCCUUCGGACCUCUCGCGCUUCGGCACGCGGCAUUUCAGCUCCACGCCCCCUAAAAAGUCGACGACCGGCGGCAAGUCUCGAAACCGCGGGCGCGCCCCGCCCGUGCCCGUCCACGCCAACCAGCGGCUUCCCGGCCCGGCUUGUGUGCCCAGGAGGCCUGCUCCGGCAGCCCCAACCGCCAAAUGAGACCCACCACCCCGACGACUCCCAUCCAACUACGCGAUGUGCGAUCAGACUGUCGCAUUUGCGCAAGUCUUGAGCCUUUUUUGUACAAACACGACGAGCAUUGGCUGCUGACCUUUCCUCAAGCCACUCAAUUUUAUGUAAAUAUAAAUAACAGCUAUUCUAUGAACGGGAGAGAUAUGAAAAACACAACACUAUUUUAUAACACUUUUUAAAAAAAAUAAAGAGCUGUUUUAUUUUU